GUCCAACGAUUUAACGAUGGAACACCCUGAUAGAAUUGCAGAAUUUUUCGAGGAAAAAGUGGUUUUAAUCACCGGUGCUACAGGAUUUAUUGGUAAAGUUCUUCUGGAAAAACUAUUGAGGGCAUGUCCUAGAGUCAAAAACGUUAUCGUCUUAGUCAGGCCCAAGAAAGGAAAGAGUCCUAGACGAAGAAUGGAGGAAAUUUUGAGCGGUCCACUCUUCAAUAGUCUGAGGGACAAACAUGGUCCAGAACACCUGAAGAAGGUUAAAACCAUCAACGGAGAUGUCCUCAAGAAGGACUUGGAUAUAAGCACAGAAGAAAAGGUUUGGUUGUAUGAGGAGGUACAAGUCGUCUUCCAUUGCGCUGCCACUGUAAGGUUUGACGAGUGUUUAAGAACAGCCGUUCUUCUGAACGUCAGAGGUACCCAACAGAUGCUGGAGUUGGCCAAGGGUAUGAGGAACUUGCAGGUUUUCCAAUAUAUUUCCACGGCGUAUUGUCAUAUGGAAGAGGCGGAGCUUUUCGAGAAGGUGUACGAUCCACCAGCAGACCCUCACAAAAUCAUCAAAAUUUGCGAGUGGCUUAGGAAGGAAGAAAUAGAUUUGUUAGCUCCCAGGUUAUUGGGGAAUUGUCCAAAUGCAUAUGCUUACACCAAGGCUCUGGCAGAAGCUUUGGUGGCAGAGCAAAUGGAGAACCUUCCAGUGCAAAUCCUCAGGCCAUCUGUUGUGGUCCCAAUUUGGAAAGAACCAAUACCAGGAUGGACAGACAACUUGAAUGGACCCUCUGGUCUUCUCCUAGGUGCAGGAAAGGGGGUCCUAAGGACCAUAUACCUCAAGGGAAACGCAUGUGCAGACUACAUUUCAGUAGAUUUGGUCGCCAACGCUUUGCUUUUCUUCGCCUUCUUAACCAGCCUCAACGUGAACAAAAGGGUUUACCACGUAACCACCAACAAAGAAGUAAGAGUCACAUACGAUGAUCUCAUAAAUAGAUCGAAGGAAAUAAUGCUGUCCAAGAUACCCUUACCAGGGGCAGUUUGGUACCCUGGUGGCUCUACUAAAAGGUCCAAAUUGUACAAUAAAUUGUGCAUAUUUCUGUAUCACACAGUGCCUGCCAUCUUGGUUGAUACCCUGUUGUAUGUGAUAGGAUAUGAACCCGUAUUGAUGAGGGUGCAAAGACGCAUCAAUAGAGGGUUCGAGGUACUAGGAUACUACGCCAACAACCAGUGGACCUUCAACAACCAACAAUUGACCGAAUUGAGAACCUUGAUGAAUCCCACGGAGAAGAAGAUCUACAAGCUGGACCUUGAGGGUUUCAACUUCGACGAAUAUUUGUACAAUGCCGUUCUUUCUGUUAGGAGGUAUUUACUGAAUGAACCGGACGAAACUAUACCCGCCUCAAAGAGGCAUAUGUUGAUAUUGUGGGCUCUGGAUAGAGGCUGCAAGAUCUUUCUUAGUUACGCAUUAAUGUAUCUGUUGUACACACAAGUAUUCCUACGUUUCUUUCAUUGA